AUAACACCCAACAUUAUCGUUCCCUGAGCCUAGAAUCCUCACUUCACUCAAAGACUUUCUCAGCCUGUUCCUUAAAAAUGUCCAACUUCAACAAGAUCCGUCACAUUGUGAGGAUUCGACAGAUGUUAAAGCGGUGGCGUAGGAAGGCCCGUAUGGCCGCCUCCACUGCGCCCUCCGAUGUUCCUGCUGGCCACGUGGCGGUGUGUGUUGGGGCCAAUUGCCGGAGGUUUAUUGUGCGCGCCACCUACCUUAACCACCCAAUCUUCAAGAAGCUGCUGGUGCAAGCGGAAGAAGAGUAUGGGUUCAGCAACGUUGGCCCGUUGACCAUCCCGUGUGAUGAGUCAAUGUUCGAAGAGAUUCUCCGGGUCAUUGACGGAACCGAAUCACGUGAAUCGGGUCGAUACUUGAGUCUGGAGGAUUUUCAGAGGUGUUGCCAGAUGAGCAUGAGGGAUAACGUUCCAUUAUUCAGCGAAUCAGGGCCGUUGCUUGAUAAUGAAUCAGUAUGUUAAAUAUUUGCAGUUUAAAUUUGUUAGGAUAUUAUUAUUUUUUACUAUUUUUUUCUCAAGGAGAUGGCGAAAUAGGUCGAGUGAUGAAGUCAUCCCGGUGGUUGGAGAGUAUUUUUAUAAUUAUAUAUUGUAAAUCCAGCCAAUUAAUUGUUGAAAUUGAAGGGAUUAUUAUUAUUAUUAUUA